ACCAUUGUUACACGAUCUCCGCUACACCUUUCUUCCUCUCCUCCAAUUUCUCCCCGUUUCUCUCUGUUCCAAUGUAAAAGAAAAAAAGAUUGGUAUACUAUCUCCGUCUCCUUUUCCUCCUCUAAUAGUCGGCGGGGAACUUUUCUCGCGCUUCUGAUCCGGAGAUUUGGCUGUUUGGGGUUUCUCUUCGAGCUCCUUCAAACAGUAUCGGGUUGAGAUUCGUCUGGCGUUUUCCCCGCUGGCAGAUCGCGGGGGGAGGGGAUUCGAUUGCGGUUCAAUUUUCUGUUCCCGCUGGUUCGUGGGCGUCGGACGGAGCGGUCUGAUCUCCCCGAUUCGGAGGGAGGCUUUCUGCUCUAGGAUUUGAACCCAGAAGUCUUUAGUUCAAGGAUUUCCUGUUUCCAAGCUUCUUCAGAUGUGCUAGUAAAUAUUUCCUUGGUAUUUCUUAUCCGCCAAUCUGAUUUGAUGAGGAGGAAACGGAAAGGGAGCGAAAGUGAUGCCUGUGAGGAUAUACAAGGUAGAAGUACACCGCCCAGGGAUCAUGACGGUACUAAGGCAUCUAAUUUGACGUCCUAUUACUCAUUAGAGGAUUACAAUAGGAUAAACAAGAGGUGUAAAGAAGGUGCAGGUGAUGAACCCGUCAAUUCAUUCAAAAGUAGACUUGCAGGUGUGGCUACUGCACCACCUUGUGGCGCUUCAUCGUCCUUGGUGUCACCUGGAAGGGGCCUUAAGAGAAAGAUAGGGUGUAUAGAAGUUGCAACUCAGACUGGUAGAAAGAAUAAGAUUGAGGAUGACUAUGUUUUUGGUGCCACACUGGGGCGUGGCAAGUUUGGGUCGGUUUCUUUGUGUACAUCAAGGGCAUCUGGAGAGGAGUUUGCUUGUAAGACCUUAAAGAAGGGGGAGGAGACCGUUCAUAGGGAGGUGGAGAUAAUGCAACACUUAUCUGGACAUCCUGGGGUUGUGACCUUGCAUGCUGUGUACGAGGAGUCGGAAUGUUUUCAUCUGCUGAUGGAAUUCUGCUCUGGGGGGCGAUUGAUCGAUCAGAUGGUGAAGGAGGGCCAGUACUCUGAGCAACGAGCUGCUAAUAUAUUCAAGGAUGUGAUGUUAGUAAUCAAGUAUUGCCAUGAGAUGGGGGUUGUCCACAGAGAUAUUAAGCCUGAGAAUAUUCUUCUUGCUACGUCCGGAAAGAUAAAACUGGCAGAUUUUGGCCUGGCCAUGAGGGUUUCAAAUGGCCAGACAUUAUCUGGUUUGGCUGGAAGUCCGGCAUAUGUUGCACCUGAAGUUCUGCAAGGAAAUUAUUCUGAGAAGGUUGAUAUAUGGAGUGCUGGUGUCUUACUACACGCGCUUUUGGCUGGUGCUCUUCCAUUUCAAGGUGACUCCUUAGAUUCUGUCUUUGAGGCUAUCAAAACUGUGAAGCUUGAUUUCCAGUCAGGUAUAUGGGAUUCGGUCUCGAAACCUGCACGUGACUUGCUUGCAAGAAUGUUGACUAGGGAUGUUUCAGCGCGGAUAACUGCAGAUGAAGCACUGAGUAAGCUUUUAUUAACAUGUACUCUUGGAAUAUGAAGCAUGUUUGCUAUUCGUCUAAGUUUCUAGACACGUUUGGUACAGCAGUUACUACCCAGUUUUGCAUGUCUUUGCUUUUGGGACCUAACUUGCCCCAUCUCUUUUAUCGCUGAGUAGAAAGUAUUUGAAACCCGCUGUUGCAAAGUGGAUCCCGCUUCUUCUCUUUCUUAACCUUUUUAACAAAUUUUUUGUAAAAUUUUACUGAAUAGUAUCAAUCUGCAAACACAUGGAAACAUACGCACACACAUACUAAACUGACAAACUGAGCUGCUUCUUAUUUCCAGGGCAUCCAUGGAUAUUGUUCUACACGGAGCGCACAUUGAGAUCCCUGUCCUUCAAGUCAAAACUACGGAAUCCGGGCCAACCAACUUCGGGCCAAGCGACCACUUCACAUGCAUCAGAGUUGGGUAGAAGUCAGGCUGUAGGAGGCAGCUCUCUUAUCGAGAGGUCCCGGAACCAUACAGUUUUAGAUAGUUCAACCUGCAAGUCAGAAGAGGAUGAAGAAUGUGAAUUUGUGGAUGCACUUGCUGUGGCGAUUUCUCAUGUUAAGAUCUCAGAGCCAAAAAGAAGCAGACUGUGUAGCCCGACAAGCCCAAUAGAGGAGCAAUGUUCAGCUAACAUUUCUGUCAGCACUCUGUGUAGAGCUUUCUGAUCUUCUGCUGAUACCGACUGACAGACAUGGCUAACUUGAUUAUCUCCGCUGUCAUUUUUUCGAGCUGGGGAUUCACAAAAUAUGACAGACAAGAAUAAAGGGGAGCCCUAGUUGCAGUUAGUUCUCAGUGGGCGACAAAGAUGGUGGUUUAUAAAGUUGGCAUAAACAACCAGGUGAUGGUCGGUAUAUGGUGGUGGCGCCUUCUCCCUCGAUAACAAGUCUCUCUGUGAAGAUGAUUCUCUUUAUAUUCCUAUUCGUGUAAUUGACAAUCUCACUUAAUAAUAACUAGUGACUACUUAGCUGAAUUUUGUACAGAAUUUUGUAUAUAGAAGAUUGCUAAUAAAGCCUUUUUAUUCUAGUUUGUCUGUCUUCUACACAACGACCUAUACAUUAUGCGAUCAUGUUUGCUGUCUUUAUUGUGGAGUUGACAAUCACCUGCUG